AUGCAACGUUCGCUCCCUUGCAACGGCAACGCGAGCCGGGCGCGGCCGCAGGCUGUCCGCCCCGCCCGAAGAUUCAACUUAAGUAGACUUCAGUCAAGACAAACUCAAACCUAUAACGAGAUGGAGCGGGGCGGCAGCGCGACGGCCGCACGAACAUCACAGGAGCGCCGCGGUCUCGCUUGGAGCUGCAAGGCGAAGGUGACGAGGGGCGAAGCGCCGGGCUACGCGUCGCCGCCGCGCAGCUGCGCCGCACUGCCCGUCCCCGCUAUAUUUUUUUUUUACAUUUUUCUCAUUUUAAAAGGGAACGGGAGCGCCGCAGCGGCCCGACGGCAUCGCGCUUACGCUUAUCUACUAAAAUUUUCACAAAAAUAA